UUCCUGGGUUCCUGCUAAACCCUAACCACAUUCCAUUUCUCGCCAUUUUUUUUUUUUUUUUUUUUUGCAGUUGUUCAAAAGCUUCAACUAAGAAUAUAAGAAGCUAAGGACUCCCAACAACCAAACCAGAACCAGAACCUGUUACUGCUAACUCAACACUUUGUUCUUUACUUAUUUCUGAGCAGAUUUUUCUAUCUAAAUUCUAAAUGCAUGUGAUCAGCUUCUAUUAUACAUUCUUAAACCGAACUAAACCUUCUUUGUUUCAUUACAGGCGGACAAUGUCGUACAGUAGAGAGUUCAAUCUGCGUCACUGUAGUAAUUCAAAACUGGAAGAGUUGAAAUGCAUAUACUAUAAGGAUUUGAGAGAUGGAGAAGACAGAAUCAGCGGAUCAGGAGAGUAUUUCCGAUGUCCAUAUUGUCAGGAUAAGAGAGGUAAGGAGUAUGAUAUGCAAGGGCUUCUAAGGCACUCUUAUCGGAUAGGUUAUGCUUCAAAGUCUUCAAGUUUGAGAGAUAAGGGCUAGACAUUUAGGGUUGCUUAAGUAUUUAGAGAGGCAUAGGUAUGCUGAAAUUAAUGCUAGGCAUCCAUCGCCCAGUGAUCCAUCUACCCAAGGAGCUGAUGAAGAAACUUUUGUUUGGCCUUGGAUGGGAAUUGUUGCUAAUAUUCCUGUAGUAUAUAAGCAUGGAAAGUUUGUUGAUGAAAAUGGUCAAAAACUGAAAAUGGAGUUGGUUGCCAAAGGAUAUAAUCCAGUGAAGGUUUAUACAUUUGUUGGCCAACAGGGGUUUUUCAGGAUAUGCCGUUGUUGAAUUUAAUUCUAACUUUUCUGGAUUUGCAAAUGCAAUGGCAUUUGCACGAGAGUUUGAACUGGAUAAGCAUGGUAAGCAAGAAUGGUAUUCAAGUUUGAAAGACGAGUCAGAUGACAAUCUUUAUGCAUGGAUUGCUGGCAAGGAAGAGUACGAUUCAAAUAGUAUCGUUGGGAAUUAUCUAAGGAGAAAUGGAGAUUUAAAAACUAUUUCUGAGAUCCAAAAUGAGAGUAGAAGAGAAAAUUCCCAACUAUUUUCUAACUUGAUCAAUGAGUUGGAGUCAAAGUACAAGGAAUGCGAAGAGAUGGAGAAAAUGAUAAGUAAAACUGAAGUUGUAAUGGUCAAUGUGAUGAAAGAAAAAGAGGAGAUGCUUGCAAUGCAAAAUAAAGAGUGGGAGAUGAUAUGCCAGGAGGCAUGUAAACAGGUGGAAACCAUUUUGAGUGAGCAGGAGACAAGUAAACAACAAUUGGAUGAUCAUAAAAACAAUCUGAAACUGCGAGAAGAUGAAAUAAGACAGCGUGAGAAACUUAAUGAAAGUGAGAAAAUGAAGCUUGACUUUCAGAAAGAAAUGAAUGAGAGAGCAAUUCUGGCACAAAAGAAAGCUUAUGAGACAAUGAUGAAACUGGCUGAUGAACAGAAGAGAGAAAUGGAACAUGCGUUGGAGAAAAUCAUUGCGCUUGAAAGAGAACUUGAUCGGAAGCAAGCAUUGGAGUUGGAGAUAGAGAAGCUAAAAGGUUCCAUCGAAGUUAGGAGGCACAUGAAUGAGGAAGGAGAUUUGGCAGCUAAAAACAAAUUGGCAUCAAUUGAAGAAGAGCUGAAAGAAAAGCAAGGCGAACUUUAUUAUUUGGAAAGCAUGAAUAAUGAACUUAUUGUAAAGAAUCGACAUGACAAUGAUCAGGUGCAGGAGGCUCGCAAAGAGAUGAUAAAUGGCUUGAAGGACUCUCGUGCCAACAUUUGUGUGAAAAGAAUGGGAGAACUUGAUUCAAAGCCAUUCAUCCGUGCUGCAAAGCUAAAAUAUCCAAAAGAAGAAGCAUCAGAUAAAGCUUUAGAGCUGUGUACCCUGUGGGACUAUCACCUAAGGGAUCCACACUGGUACCCAAUUAAGGUUAUCAAGAAUGGAGGAAAAGAUGUUUGGGUGAUUAAUGAAGAAGAUGAGAAACUGGUGGGUCUGAAGAAUGAGUGUGGUGAUGAAGUGUAUAAUGCUGUGACCACUGCAUUGAUGGAGUUGAAUGAGUACAAUUCCAGCCGCAGGUUUCCAGUGCCAGAGCUGUGGAAUACUAAGGAGAAAAGAAGAGCGGAAUUGAAGGAAGGAGUUGAUCAAAUACUAAAACAAUUGAGGAGUCUUAAGAACAGGCAAGGAUCCAGUGCUUGAGAUGCGUAGUUUGUCUCAACUUUGCUCUAUACGGUGCUAAUACUAGUAAUAGAAGUAUGUAUUAACUUUUUGGUAAAAACUUGUAAUUAUGGAUUAAGAAUUUAGUACAGUACCAAGUUUUUGCUUAGUAGU